CGAGGCAUCGACCUCUGCUGCGUAGUCUGAACUUCCAGCGAGAGCUGUGCGUGCAAUGGCGGCCAUGACACCGUUGGGGCUCUCCCUCUCCGCGCCUCAUCUCGCCCUCUUCGGGCACCGGGCCACCGCUGCUCCUCGACCUCGAUCGGGAGUCGCGCUGGCGCCGCCGCAGAGCCACCGCUGUCGCCACCUCAUCAAGCCGCAGCUGGCGGUGCAGCCGCGCGCGCGGCGGACCGGCUCGCCCGCCGCCGCAAGCCGCGGCGGCGCCGCGGGAGUGCUGGAGCGGGUAACUAAGCCGGAGGACAAGACGGCGGCGAUCAGGGAGCGGCUCCUGCGCGGCGAGGCGCCGCCGCCGUCGGCGUACGACACGGCGUGGGUCGCGAUGGUGCCGGCGCCGGCGCCGGCGCCGGCGGGGUCCCCGCCGGCGCCGCGGUAUGCGGGGUGCGUGGAGUGGAUCCUCCGGAGCCAGCGACUGGACGACGGGUCGUGGGGGCCCGGCGGCGACCCCUCGCUGCGCAAGGACGCGCUCUCGUCCACGCUGGCGUGCGUGCUCGCGCUCGCGACGUGGGGCGUCGGCGGCGACGCCGUCGCGAGAGGGCUCCAUUUCAUCGGGCGCAACUGGUCCAGCGUGACGGACGGCGGCUGCGACGCGCUGGCCGGGUUCGACAUCAUCUUCCCCGGCAUGCUCGCGCAGGCCAUCGGCAUGGGGCUGGAGAUCCCCAUGGUCCGCCAAGCCGACGUCGACGCCGUCCUGCGGCUGCGCGACAGCGAGCUCAAGAGCAUGGCUGCUUCUGCAGGUAGCCAAGCUUUCAUGGCCUACGUCGCAGAAGGUUUGGGGGACUCGUUCGACUGGGACCAGGCGGCGCCGGCGUACCAGAGGAAGAACGGGUCCUUCUUCGACUCGCCGGCCACGACGGCUGCCGCCGCGAUCCACAGCCAAAACGACCGAGCUCUCGACUACUUGGACUCGGUCGUCGCCAAGAUGGGCAGCGCAGUGCCCACCGUUUAUCCUCGGAGCGCCUACUCCCGGCUUCGCAUGGUGGACACUCUCGAGAAGAUGGGCAUCUCAAGGAGCUUCUCGUCCGAGAUAAACACCACACUCGACAUGAUACACAGGUCCUGGCUCGCCAACGACGAGGAGAUCAUGCUGGACAUGGCGGCAUGCGCGAUGGCGUUCCGCCUCCUGCGUCUGCACGGGUACCACGUCUCCUCCGAUGCGCUGUCCCAAUUCAGCAGCGAGUCCAGAUUCCAUGCUUCAAUCCAGGGGCAUCUCAACGACACCGAGGCCUUGCUGGAGCUUCUGCAAGCCUCGCACACCCAGAUGUCGGAGGACGAGCUGGUCCUGGAGAGCAUCGGCUCCUGGUCGUCCGAGCUCCUGAAGCAGCAGCUGCGUUCCGGCAAGAUAUCAAGAAAUGUUGACCCCGCCGAGGUGGAACACGUGCUCAAAUUCCCCUUCCACUCCAACUUGGACCGGAUGGAGCACAAGUGGCACAUGGAGCACUUCAAGAAGCAGCAGGGCUUCCAGAUGUUCAAGUCGGCGUACCGCACUUGUGACCCAGAUGAAGAAAUUAUGUCGCUGGCUGUGGAUGGGUACCACUCCUGUCAGGCUGCGUACCAAGAAGAGCUUCACAUCGUCGAGAGGUGGGCGAAGGAGAUGAGGCUGGACGAGCUGGACUACGCGAGGGUGAUGCCGCUGAUCUGCAUCUUCCCAUCCGCUGGCACCAUGUACCCCGCCGAGAUGGCCGAGGCCCGCAUCGUGGCCGCCAAGACCAACAUCCUGGCGACCAUCGUCGACGACCUCUUCGACGUCGGCGAGUCGCUGGAGGAGAUGCGGAACCUCGUCACCUUGAUCGAGAUGUGGGACGCGUACGAACAAGUCGGCUUCUACUCGGAGCGCGUGGAGAUCGUCUUCCGCGCCGUCUACGACACGAGCAAGGACAUCGCGGCGAGGGCCAUGGCAGUCCAGAAGCGCAGCAUCAUCCACCACAUCGCCGAACGGUGGGUGGAGAUGGCGAGGGUGAUGAUGGUAGAGGCGGAGUGGCGGAUGAGCGGGUACGCGCCAUCCAUGGAGGAGUACAUGCCGGUGGCGGAGCCGUCGUUCGGGCUGGGCACCACCGUGCUCACGUUCCUCUUCUUCGUCGGGCCGGAGCUCACGGAGGCCGCGGUCCGGAGCUCCGAGUACGUCGAGCUCUACCACCACAUGAACGUCUGCGGGCGCCUCCUGAACGACCUCCAGUCGUGCGAGCGGGAGAGGGCCCAGGGGAAGACCAACAGCGUCCUGCUGCUGGCCCGCCGCCACGGCGGCUCCGUCGAGGCGGCCAAGGAGGAGGCGAGGGGCAUCAUCGCGGCGUCGAGGAUGAAGAUGCUGAGGAUGCUGGUCGGCCGGGACGCCGCCGGCGACGUGCCGUGGCUGGUCCGGCGGGAGUUCUGGAACAUCUGCAGGGUGGUGCACGUGGUCUACAUGGAGGUCGACGGCUACGCGUCGCCCAAGGAGAUGAUGCGUGUGGCGAACGAGGUGGUAUCCGAGCCGCUGCGGGUACCGGGGACCGGGAAGACGACGAACUCGACCCGCGCCCCGGCGGAGUCCGAUUAAUUUGGACAGCAGACUUUCUUGUCAUGAGAUGAUGCAAUUUUAGGAUACACAUCAAGUCCAAGGAAAGAGAUUGAAAUGAGAAAAGUACCCAGCUCGAUCUGCGUGCAUGAAGAAGUGGCAAAAGGCAAAGUAGAACGAAUCUAAGAUAUGGAUGGAAAAGUAUUAAAGUAGUAGAUGCAGUCGAAGAAUGGCGGCUUAGCCAAAGCGAACGUGUGAUGAAGAAGUAAUCGGAAAGGACGAAGAAAGGAAGACCACAUGGCUGACUAGUAGAAGACAAGACCACAUGUAGAAGGCCAAAGCCAACAUAACUAUUGUGACGGUGACUUAGCUUGAUUGGUAGGUGGGGACCAUGAGAAUCUUGCACACAAUUUUUCUGCAUAAAUCUUUUUUUUAUUUUUGAUGGCGGCUACUGUUCUUUACCGUGCGUGAUGCCAACAUGCUCUUUUUCUCUGAUACUGCCACA